AUGGGGAUAAGAAAUCACUCCACAGUGACCGAGUUUGUUCUUUCAGGAUUAACCGACCAACCAGAGCUUCAGCUGCCCCUUUUCUUCCUCUUCUUAGGGAUCUAUCUAGCUACAGUGGUGGGAAAUCUCGGCAUGAUCACAAUCAUUGCAUUGAGUCCUCAACUUCACAUUCCCAUGUACUAUUUCCUCAGUAGUUUGUCUUCCUUAGAUUUCUGCUAUUCUACUGUCAUUGUUCCCAAAAUGCUGACAGGCUUUUUAAACAGAGAUAAAUCUAUCUCCUAUUCUGGAUGCAUGGCUCAGUUUUUUCUCUUCUGUAUGUGUGCCAUUUCUGAGUUCUAUCUGUUGGCAGCAAUGGCCUAUGAUCGCUAUGUCGCCAUCUGCAGCCCCCUGCUCUACAAUGUCAUCAUGUCCCCGCGGGUCUGUUCUCUGCUGGUGGCUACUGUCUUCUCCAUAGGUUUUAUCUGUGCCGUGAUUUAUGACACUUCUUUGUUACAGUUGGAUUUCUGUGGCUCAAAUAUCAUUAAACAUUAUUACUGUGACAUCAUCCCCCUUAUUCAACUCUCCUGCUCCAGCACGUAUGUCGAUGAACUUUUGAUUUUUAUCAUUGGUGGAUUUAGUAUGGAGGCCACCAGCAUAGCAAUCAUCAUUUCAUAUGCUUUCAUCCUCUCCAGCAUCCUCCGUAUCCAAUCAAAAGAGGGCAGGUCCAAAGCUUUCAGCACUUGUGGGUCCCACUUGACAGCGGUUGUUAUUUUUUAUGGGUCUUUCAUGUUCAUGUAUCUCAAACCUACUUCUAGCACUUCAGUCAUUCAAGAAAAGGUGACGUCUGUGUUUUACACCAUUGUGAUUCCCAUGCUGAAUCCCCUGAUUUAUAGUCUGAGAAAUAAGGAAGUGCAAAAUGCAUUGAUGAAGCUCUUAAGGAGAAAAAAAUCUUCUUAA